GGCGCGGCGGGGCUGAGGCUGAGUCAGGCACUGGGGCGUGGGGAGAAGACGCGCCGCAGCCUCCGGCCAGGGACGCGCUCGGGCUGCCAGGCGGGGGCGGCUCCGCGCUGAGCGAAGGGGCCGGGAAGCGCCUGGGGGAGCCGCCGGCGCCGCGCUGCCACCAUUAGCCGGGCGGCGAGAGGAGGAGCCGGGGGAGCCGCCGCCGCGAUGGAGCAAUUAUCAGAUGAAGAACUUGAUCAUGGUGCAGAAGAAGAUAGUGAUAAGGAAGACCAAGAUCUGGACAAGAUGUUUGGACAAUGGCUUGGGGAGCUGGACAAACUCACACAGAGUUUGGAUACAGACAAGCCCAUGGAGCCAGUAAAGAAAUCCCCUCUUCGCCAAGAAACCAACAUUGCCAAUUUCUCCUAUCGCUUCUCCAUGUACAAUUUGAAUGAAGCCCUGAAUCAGGGGGAGACUGUGGAUCUGGAUGCCCUCAUGGCCGAUCUUUGUUCCAUAGAGCAGGAGCUCAGCAGCAUUGGGUCACAAUCAGCAAAUAGUGCUGCAAUGAAGCGUCUAGCCACAGAAACAAAAGUAGCUCAGAAACCACCUGCUGGUCGACUUUCCUCUAAACACAGCAGUAUAAAAGGAUCAUCCUCUUCAUCUGGUAGGGUAACUAAGCCUUCAAAUGCCAACUUUUCCUUGGAGGACAUUACUGCCCAGUUAGAGAAGGCUUCUAUGAGCAUGGAUGAAGCAGCCCAGCAAUCUGUAAUGGAAGAUGCUAAACCUGUAGUUACUGCUCAGCAUAGGAGGACAGCAUCAGCUGGCACAGUGAGUGAUACUGAAGUGCGCUCUAUCAGUAACUCAUCCCGUUCCAGCAUAACCUCUGCAGCAUCCAGCAUGGACUCCUUGGAUAUUGAUAAAAUGACAAGACCUCAGGAACUGGAUUUGACACAGCAAGGGCAACCCAUUACUGAGCAUAAUGUUUCUAUGGGACAUCCCAUCAAGCAGUCCAAGCGUCACAUUGACUUCACAGAAGAGGAGGCUGAGCUGACUCCUGAAGAGCAGGCUGCUAAACUGAAAGCUGAGAAGAUCAGGGUUGCUUUGGAAAAGAUUAAAGAGGCACAAGUGAAAAAGCUGGUAAUCAGAGUUCACAUGUCUGAUGAUAGCUCCAAAACUAUGAUGGUGGAUGAGAGACAGACAGUAAGACAAGUACUGGACAAUCUGAUGGACAAAUCCCACUGUGGCUACAGUUUAGACUGGUCACUGGUAGAAACCAUAUCUGAAUUACAAAUGGAAAGAAUCUUCGAGGACCAUGAAAAUUUAGUUGAAAAUCUUCUAAACUGGACCAGAGACAGUCAAAACAAACUUAUAUUUGUGGAACGUAUAGAAAAAUAUGCACUUUUCAAAAAUCCCCAGAACUACCUGCUGGGGAAAAAAGAAACCUCUGAGAUGGCAGACAGAAAUAAAGAAGUGCUGCUGGAGGAAUGUUUUUGUGGCAGUUCUGUAACUGUGCCAGAAAUAGAGGGAGUCCUGUGGCUGAAAGAUGAUGGCAAGAAGUCUUGGAAGAAGCGUUAUUUUCUUUUGCGAGCUUCUGGAAUCUACUAUGUCCCUAAAGGAAAAGCAAAGGUCUCGCGAGAUCUGGUGUGCUUUCUUCAGCUAGAUCAUGUCAAUGUUUACUACGGACAGGACUAUCGGAACAAGUACAAAGCACCUACAGAUUACUGUUUAGUGCUGAAGCACCCUCAGAUUCAGAAGAAGUCUCAGUAUAUCAAAUAUCUCUGCUGUGAUGAUGUGAGAACUCUACACCAGUGGAUAAAUGGCAUUCGUAUUGCUAAGUAUGGGAAGCAACUGUAUGUGAACUACCAGGAAGCCCUGAAGAGGACAGAGUCAGCAUAUGACUGGACUUCCUUGUCAAGCUCCAGUAUCAAGUCAGGAUCCAGCUCUUCCAGUUUACCAGAGUCUCAGUCAAAUCACUCUAAUCAAUCUGACAGUGGAGUUUCUGACACCCAACCAACUGGCCAUGUCCGUUCCCAAAGUAUUGUCAGCUCUAUCUUCUCUGAGGCCUGGAAGCGAGGCACUCAGCUGGAAGAGUCCAGCAAGGCCAAAAUGGAGUCUGUGAGCCGACCCUUCACUUCACUUGCACCUGCCAUGUCCCCACAAAUUAAAGUGGCUACCCCAUACACAGCUUCUCAGCCAUCGCCUCCCCUUCCACCACCCCCACCGCCACCACCCCCACCUCCGCCACCACCCCCUCCUCCGCCACCACCACCGCCUCUUCCCAGCCAGUCUACGCCUUCGACCGGCUCAGCAGCCCCCCUGUUUGUCAAGUACAGCACGAUCACGAGGCUGCAGAAUGCCUCCCAGCAUGCUGGGCCUCUCUUUAAACCUCCCCCCAUCACCCAGCAAAUGCCACCACCCCCAGCUCUGGGAAAACUGCCCAUGCUGGUGGCUCCCCCUCCUCCCCCACCUCCUCCUCCACCUACUCCCGGAUCAGCUAUGGCACAGCUGAAACCAGCCCCCUGUACCCCGUCAGUGCCACCAUUCACCCCACCACCACCCCCUCUCAAAAUCCAUCAGGUUCCACAGAACGUUACUCCAGUGGCUGUGUCAUCACCACCCCCUCUUCCUCCCCCUGUGCCUGCAGCGCCUCCCCCCCCAGCCCCUCCUAAACCCCUCCUACCUGUCCCCACGCAGGCAAGUGCAAAGGCAGCAUCGCCCAUCGUGACCAACAUCCCGCCACCCGGGCCCAUUCCCCCUCCUCCUGCAAUAAAAAAGCAGCCAAAUUUCACAGCUUCCCAAGUUCCUCCACCAGCACCUGUUCCUCCAGGGCCUACUCCCCCACCCACCUUACCAAAACAGCAGAGUUUCUCUGUUAAACCUCCCCCAUCCCCUCAGUCUCCUGUGCCAUCUGUUGUGAAGCAGAUAGCCAGUCAGUUUCCACCUCCCCCGACCCCUCCAGCCACAGAGCCUCAGCCUUUAAAGCCUGUCCCAGUAAGUGGGGCACCACAGUCUCCCCCAGCAGUGAAAGCAAAGCCCAAGUGGCAGCCCACCUCUGCUCCAUCUCCUGAUUUUCCUCCUCCUCCACCUGAGAGCAGCUUAGUGUUUCCUCCACCACCUUCCCCAGCUCCCUCUGCAGCUUCUCCUACCCUAGACAAGGCGGGAUCUCCAGUCAAAAAGGCCAGCAAGACCUCAAGUCCUGGAGGGAAGAAACCACCUCCAACACCUCAACGAAACUCUAGCAUCAAAUCCAGCAGCUCUGCUGAGUAUCAUGAAUCUAAGAGACCUUCGGUGGACAGCCUUGUCAGCAAAUUUGCACAUCCACCAGAGCCUUCAGGAUCUCCUUCCAAGGAGCCUCCACCUCCUCCUGCAGCUCCUCCAAAGCCAGGAAAGCUAAAUCUUUCUGGGGUGAAUCUGCCUAUAGUUCUUCAGCAAGGAGGUAUUUCAGCAAAGGUACCUGCAGUAGGAGUGUCUGGGAAGGAUCCUAUGGUAGAAUUUCCUUCUCCUCCAUCCGAUUCAGACUUUCCACCACCUCCACCAGAAAUAGAUCUGCCUUUACCACCAGUAGAGAUCCCAUCCGUGUUUUCAGGUAGCACCUCUCCAAAAGUUGCUGUUGUUAAUCCGCAGCCUCAGCCCUGGUCUAAAUCAUCAGUGAAAAAAGCCCCUCCGCCCACACGUCCCAAGCGGAAUGACAGCACCCGGCUUACGCAGGCAGAAAUCAUGGAAUCACAGGGGCCGGUCAGUCCACAAGUGCCCACCUCGCCCAAGUCCAGCCUUAGUGUUCAGCCUGGCUUCCUGGCAGACCUAAACAGGACUCUGCAGCGGAAGUCCAUCACUCGGCAUGGCUCUCUCUCUUCUUCCCGUGUGUCCAGAACAGAGCCGACUGCCACGAUGGAUGACAUGGCCUUGCCUCCACCCCCACCGGAACUGCUUGCAGACCAGCAAAAGACUGGCAGCUAUGGAGGCAGUCAUAUAUCAGGCUAUGCAACGUUGCGGAGGGGGCCACCGCCUGCUCCCCCCAAAAGGGAUCAGAACACCAAGCUGUCUAGGGACUGGUAAUCACUAGGUGAACUCUAUUUUGCGUGACUUUCAGUCAGUUCUACAAUCAGCAAAUCUGUACUUUGUGUGGAGAGAGAACAUGUGACUUGUGCGAUAACAUGAGGAAGACGUGGUCUCCCACUGUCACUAAGGGUAACUGUAUGCAUUCCCCUUCAGAACUAGUCCAAAAAGUUUGAGGGUUUGGGUUUGACUAUUUCAAGGGUGUGGAGGGGCAUUGUCCUCUCCCUUGCAAUUUCUUUUAUCCUUCAUAUGGAUUGGACCAAAAAACCUUUCUUACUUUUUUCUGCAUUUAAGAAAAAAAAGAAAUUUUUUGUAGUGUCUGUCCAUGUGAGAUAAGUUUGUGCAUGUAUUAUAAAUGUAGUUAUAUAAUAGAUUGUGAUAUAUUACGUCGCAGUUAUAGAAGAUAACCAGAAUGUUUUUGUAGCUCUGUAUUUAUUGUUUCAGUCCACUGACGUAUAUAUUACUCGGAAUUGGACUCUAACCAGUCAAACCUUUACAUGAAGAUGAAGAUGUAGGGGGCACUUUAAAUCAAAAAAGCAUCUUUUGGCAGUUUGUGACGGGUAAAUGGUACAGAACUGAAGCAUUCUGUCAGUAUCUGUACAUUUUCAAUUGAUUGAAAAUACAGACACAACAUACCAAAACAUUCUGGUCGUAAUACUACUGAAAAUAAAUACAUUUUGAGCAAAAAAAAAAAAAAAAAAGUAAGUUAUAUAUAAUGGGCUGGAGUGAAAUAUAUUUAUACUAUAAAGAGCCUCCCCCUCCAAAUAGUUGAAAACCACUCAUAGCUCCAAGUUCCUUGUCCAUACAGUAAGUGGGAUACAUAUAUAUUAUUCCAAUCCCAUACACAUUCUAAUGUGGUAAGAAGUCUGGUAGCCACAAUUCCUUACUUUGACACACUGGGAGGCUUAACGAUCUGUUAUGUGAUACAUCAUCAGUACAUGUGAAAAUACAGGUAUGUUUCUGUAUUCAGUAAUACUUUCUGCCACAUGCACACACCAUAUAUAGAUGCUCACCUUAUCUGUGCCUGAAGAGAUGAAUUAUCUUUACAAAAAAUGGCUGAGAACCCUUGAGGAAGCAUUGUGUGUAAUUCGCCAGCUGUGAGCUAGAAGCUUUCAUUUGGGGAGGGAGGGAUGGGAGUGGUAAUUUCGGUCCACAAAUAGCUGGGAACCUGUUUUCUUUGACCUUUUGAGACGGCAACAAAUGCAUAAGCCUAUUAAUUAACAAAUUGCACUUCUGGCAGUCAUGGAAGAUGACUGAAAAAAUAUACAAUUUGGGAGCUGAUAAAAUCUGUUAGGAAUCCAGUUACAUCAUCAGGGGCCUUAUUAGGUGGAAAUAGAAUACUUUAUUUGAUUUGUUAUUUAUUUAUUGCUGAUUACAACCGUAAGAUCAAAAUAAUAGAAUCCUUUUUCUUGUAAUCUGCUAGUUUUUGAUUGUGCAGUCUUACCUGGGUAUCGGACAUUGUGAUAUGAUAGUAUAGUUAGUAUAAGCGAUCUUGCAUCUCGUGCAUGUGCAGUACAGUGUAUGUUGUAAAAUAACUCCAAUAUUAGCGCUGUACCUUAACAUGCUCGUUUGUGUGAAUUUCCCUGAUCACUAAAGGGACACUAUCAAGAUUGGGGUGGUCAGAUUUUUUUUUUUUUCCUUCAAAAAUAAAUUCUAAAUGCUCUUACUUUUUUUUCUAAAACAAGAAACCAAGAAAGCAGCCCAGAAAUCACAAGCAAUGCUACAAUAGAUCACGUGCGUCGAUAAAGUAGAAACUAAUAUUUGAUCAGAGAGAAUAUUUGCCAUUUGGGCUUGUCAAUGUGAGAAGCAUCGUUACAGCGUUCCCCCUUUUUAAAAGUAUAAUAAUAAUCCACGUGAGGAAACGAGUGUUUGAUUAGGAAAAAAUGAGCGGUGCUGUCUCUGCUGACCUGUUUCAUAUGAUUUUGAAUCUGCUUCAGCACCUCCAGGAAAUCGUUGUAAUAUUUUAGAGUAGUUUAUUUGAGCAAUAAGAAUAUACCAUUGUGUGCAUUUUUAAAGCACUGCUGUGGAAAGGCACUUUUUUGUAUCUUUCAAACUGUUCACAAAAGUUUUAUUUCUACUAUUUUUGUGCUUAUAAAGUGUCCUUAAAAGCAUUGGCAUUGUUGAUUUUAAGCAUGCUCAGUUAGUUGAUUAGUGUCUUAGUAACAAGAUGGUUGAACUAUGCUACAAGUAAUGGGUGCUGUAAUUUUCUACAUUGUUCCUGCUGCUGCUUGUACUGUAUGCUGGCCCUCGAUCUCGCGCCUUCCAGUGGAGUUACAGGUGCACAGAUAGGAAUUCUAGCCUCGUCGUUUUUAUUGAUAAGUUUACCUACUGAUCACUGCCAGCAUGCACCCAUGUUCUCUGGGAGCUAAAUCCGUUAGUUGAUUCUUUUAUCUUCAUCCUCCUCCCCUCCCCCAUAACUCCACUGGUGCAUGUCAGCCCUAUCAUUCUCCCUUUUAUUCAUUUGAUGUAGGUACCUCUGGGAUCUGCACUUGUUCGUAAUUAUGGCAGAGGAAUGUCUUAAAUGCAAUUUCUUCAAAGGCAGAAGAGAAUUGUUCUCUGUUUCCUAUGAUCAGGUUCAUUUGUCUAAUAUUUGUUUCCCAUGGGAUCUUGAAUGUGUGCUCACUAAUGCAGGCCACUGAACAGCGUGCUGGAAGUCAGAAAACAGAACUCCAUAUUGGCAGCAAAAAGAGUGAGUGGAAUAGGAACUCAAUCUUUUUGUUAUUUGUUAGCUUUGGGCAAUCCGACAACCUUUUGUGUCUUUGAAGAAAUGUUAACGCAGUGAAUGUCCACAGUUCCCAUGUAUUUUAUUUCUGUACCUGCAUGAGUUAUAUAAACCAAAAGAUGCAGUGCUCUUUUAAAAUAGGGUCACUGCAGGGCGGGGGUUGAAGCUUCUCCUUGAGUUCUGGUUUUCCCACCUCUUAUUUUUUAGCGUUUGUGUUCUUGUCAAAACUCUUCUUCAAGGUACUGUAGUCUUUGCUAGUGUCUGUCCCCAGUCCAGUGUUGGUACAAGCUAAGUCGUAAAAGCUGGCUGCAAUGCUCUCAACGAAGUGUACUGAAACUAGACCACAGGGUGGCAAAAAUUAAAUAACCUGCUUGCCAUUGCAAACCUUGAGAAUCCUGAUGGCAACUGCUGUUCCAGCUAAUUUGCUGUUCUGUUCUAGUAUUCAAAUGUAUAAGCCUUGUUUGCAAAUAAUUUUCUCCCUGCUCAUUGAUUUGGAAAUUGCCUCAUUUCUUCCCUCUCUUUUAACCUCUUUGCUUCCUCUCUCUCUCUCGUAGUGAGAAAGUAGUUUCCGCAAAGAAUAUUGACCAUAAAUUGGAUUUAGUCAGCAUAGCACCUUGGAGCUGACCAGCCAUACUUUAGACCAACGGAGCAGACGGUUUGAUCCCAUAUUAUUAACAAAAUACAGGUGUAGUUUAAAUUACUUUUAAACAAAUAUUUGCCACUUGCUAGGACCUCCACUCAGAGUGCUUUUUUUCUCUUGCAAGAGCAGCUGAUCCCAGAGCUGCAUUCCUUAGCCUGUUGUGAUGUUCUCUAUACCUAUUUUCCCAUCUGGAAAAUGGGGAUAACUCCGAUCUACCUCACUGGGGUGUUGUGGGGAUUAAUUAAUGUUUGAAUAUGUAAAACAGUAUUUUCACAAGUCUUGUAGGAGAAACACAAGCCCUACGAUCGAUCCUAGUAUGGAAGCACAAGAGAAAAUGACAUCCAUGUAAGAAAAUGUGACUAUUCUAGUCAGCCUGUGUACAUUGUUAAUGAUUUAGAAUCUGAAGCUUUUUAUUUAAAAAACAUUUUUUCACCUUUAAUCAGGAAACACUGAUGGGUCUGCAAGGUGCUUGGAGUUGCAGGUGCCUGAGGGACUAGAAUUGAUGUGAGAAUAAAAGGAGUGUGUUUUUCAGAGCACUUUGCUAAACAUAAGUCAGCCAAGACAGGACAGAGGUGCUUUCAAUACAGCAAGGCCAGGCAGUGAUGCUUUAGGUUAGCUGACUGAUGCGCCUACUGUAUGUCAGUACUGAAAAAUACAAAGUAGGCAGGAAGAAAUCGCUGAGUGAAGGAGGUAGAGUGACAUGAACACAUAACACAGUCACAGGCCACUAGAUUUCUCUUAUGUUUGGGACAAAGUGGAACUCUGGAGCUAAAUGGCAAGUCUGAGGCAUCAGAAUAAGUACUGUGAGAAUUGAUGAGGUCAGAGAGUAAGUAGGGGAAAGAGAAGAGGACUAGGGAACAGCUCUGUAAAACGAGCAAUAGGAAGAACUGGAGCCAAGUUUGGUUAUCCCUUCUAAUGUCUGAGCAAGUAGCAACCACUAGUUGCUAAGUGCCUCAGCCUAGUAGAAGGGGGCAGAAUUCAUUCAAUCCAAACAUCUUCAGUCAGAAGAAAGUAAAAAGCAAAGCCAAGUGUGUACUGAAACAGAAACAGUGGAGGACCAGAAACCAGGGAGCCACUUCAGGGUAAAUUACAAUGACUCCAAAACACAGAGUUGGCCCAUCCCAGUGCUCACCUGGGAGAAAGUUAUCCUGGUGCUGCUGCUUCUUGGGAGCACCUGUGGCCAUCCAGCUAACGGGGCAUUUCUGCCUCCGUUUUAAUGGCAGCAGAAACCAUAGUUAGUCCUGUGGUAUAUUUUGCUGGGACUCAGUUCCUUUAGAAAGACCAACCAGGCUUAAUUUCAUAGACUGUCAAUUAAUUACAAAAAGUACUUUUAACAUGUAGUUGAUCCCUCUGAAUAAAGAUCAUAAGUUAUUGUGUGAGUGAUUGAAAUGCAGGUGUUUUAAAAUAGCUUAGUGUGGAAGUACACACUUUCCAGGAUGAGUUUAUAUGUAAAUUGGAGGAAUAGCUGACGUGUUUUGCUGAUGUCCUCUAGCAAGUAGGAGCACGUUGCCCUUUAACAUGAAAGUGGAGAGCAUUGAUCAUCCAAACACAAGCGCGUUGUCCUUGGUAAUGUUGUGCUUGUAAAACACUUGUUUUGUCACGGAUGGACAUUUGAGCUCUGAAUGUAGCAAAUAUGUCAACUUACUGCACUGAAUAUGUGCAGGUCUGCAAAGCUAGAGAGCACCUCCAUAAUGUGCCCAGAGAGAACGAUCCUUGUUUGUAGCGCAGCGCAGAAAAAAGCAGACUGUCCACUAGGUUCAGAACAGAGAAAAAGGAAUGUAAACAGUUCUCAGCCAAGUGUAGUUUUGAAAUCGCUUUAGUGUCUAGAGCUUGGAUGUUCUAGCAUUGCACAGUAAGAAGCUAUUUUCAUUUUUUUACCUCAGUGCCCAGGGGUUAAAUUCAAUCCAAGAACAGUCAUCCUCAGUCUGGGUUGAAACUAUUUUCUUCCAUUAGAAGAGAAGUGAAAGUGCAGGUUCAGCACUAGAAGGAAAAAAUGAUUUUUUCCACUUGUUACAGAAAACUGUGAAGAGCCCUAUUACAUUAGCGGGCGACAAGGUGAAAUUGUUUUUCAUGCAGCUGAAGCUGACACUAUCUUGUUAGUUUGUUUUUUAUGCAGCCCUAACAUAUAGGAAUCUAAAUGACUAUUGCGUGAUACAACCACUCCAUCCGGAAUACCUCCACUGAAAUCAAUGCCGUUGCUCUGGAUUUGCAGUGGGGUGACUCAGAACAGAAUGUUUUAUAUUUGUAGGCUCUUGUUCAAACAGGCAUUAAUUCAGGGACGUCUUAGGGCCCGUGCUAUGCAGGAGGUCAGACUAGCUGAUCACCAUGGUAUGUUCCGUGGUAGAUGAGUAUCAGCUUGCAGGGUUGGUUUUAUAGGGAAGAAGUCUGUUGGUCCUUGAUGGAGCAAAACUCCCAUUUGAGCUGGAGUUCUGUGUGAAAUUGGCCAUAAUACGUUCCAGUCUAUCUGUUAGCGCUACUGAAAAUUAAAUCCAAGAACACUUGUUUAUAAAUUUGCAUUGGAGUUGUUGCAACUCACUCUAAAUCUUUUUUGCAACUUCACAAAUGUUCAGCAUGCAGGUUUUCCUUUUCCAUAAAACUGAAUUUGCUGAAAUCUCAGCUAUUCAAAGUUUUGACACUAUGAAUUCUAAUUCAACAGCCAGCCAUAACCUGAGAUAAAGACCCAAAUAAUCUGUCCAUUUUUUUUCUUCUUUGAAGGGUACGUGUUAGUAAUUUAGGCAGUGUUCCUCUACUGUUACUAAUACUCUAGCAUAUUAACAUUGAAAUGAUUUUAAAUAGUUUACGUCGCUUUUUAUUUUAUUUGGGGGGGGGGGAUUUCCCUCAGGCUGGACAGUGAAAAUAGUCUCAUAUACUUCUCUUUAGACUCAUUUUCAGUUCCUGGUUCUCUCAGAUUAGGAGGAUGCUGUAGAGCAGAUGGGUGGCAAACACUUCAGGGGAAAUGUUAUUUCUGUUUCCUUUGAAAUGUUUAAGCCCUGAAGAUUCCUGUCUGUAAAGCUUUUAUUUAUAACAUCGGCAUUCUUGUUGUAAAGUGACUUGCCAUUUCCCUUUCAAGUCUCUUCAUUUGGGGGCAGGGGGAGAACCAGCAAAGCAUUCCAAUACCAAGUUGUGGUGCUGAGAGCAAAGGGUUCUGCUGAUGGUUACAUCUCAUGAAUUACAAUCUUAGUUAAGCUUUGAAGAGAAAAUAAGUACGGUAUUUAGUACUUUCUUCCUUGUAUAUUUAAAUAAAAAAACACCACAGAGAAUGGAGCCAGUAAUGAUCCACCUGGAUUCACACAGGCCCUAAUUCUCCUGGAGUUGGAGGUGGAGUGAAUGGAUGUUGUGGGUGUUUAGCACCUAUCAGGCCUGUGUACGGCGCUUGAGAGGAGAUGCAGCUGGGCAGAAAGACUGUCAAUUACCCACACACACAUUCCUGCCUUGCUUUGGGGGGUGCAGUACCAGAAUAACUAAUGAAUGACUUGCAAAUAGUGUUCCUGAAAUAAGGAACUACUAGUAUAAAAUUUAAAACCCCUUUUUGGGACUACAAUCUCAGCGGCAUGGUGGAUGCAACAGUGUUUCUGCCAGGUGUUUUAAGUCCUGAGUAUACUUUCAGAAGGCAUGAGAAUUGACCUCGUCCUCUACCAUGAGUCUUUUAUCCACCACUGCCCUAGCUGCACUUCUUUGUGAUUACACUGCUGUCUACCAAAGAUGUAGCCGUUAUCUGCUUUCUUGGUUCUUGAGAAUGAGCAUGUUGGAGUUGGGGUGCAGCGAAAUUAAAGAGGUCAGCAGGUGCCAAUGUACAGCAUGAAGAGCUAAGGCAGGUAUUUUGCAAGAGGUGGCAGCUUGUGGCCCUGUGGAGUAGAUGCUGUUGCACAUUUGUAGUGUAAUAAUUAUCUAGACCAGUAGUUUUCAACCUUUCUUCAUUUGCGGACCCCUGAAAAACUUCAAAUGUAGGUGCGAACCCCUCUGGAAAUUCAACCUCUGGUCCACACGCCCCUGCCAUAGACGUCAAACUGGAAACUGACUGAAAAGAAUUCAGUCAAUGUUGCAUGUGCAAGGCACAGCAUUUGACAGUGUGAGAAAGGGCGCAAAACUGUGGGCUUCAACACUUCUGGGGUUUGACUGUAGGGGAGGUAUGGGGUUGGUUUUCCUGUCUGCUUCUUCAUAAGUUGUAACUCUUGUCUGUUGAACUGCCAUGGAACAAGCAUUAACUGGAACAUCACGGCUUGUUUCACGGCUUACACUAACUGUUAGCAGCCACUGAUGGUGUCCUUUAUAAUAGUGGAGAUGCACAUGUAAGAAGAUAUCAUUACAAUGAUUUGUCUGUGCAGCAAGCGUGUGCUGUAAAUACAUUCAUAUGUUUACUGCUUUAAAAAAAAAUUGCACAUUUUAUCUUUGAAUGGGACUGCUCCCCCUCCCCUCUCGCAAAACAAAAAACAAGGCUCUUUUAAACUCUUGACAAUUUCAGGCUGGGGGGAGCUUUGCCAUGUUAUAAAUAUAUAUAAAUAUAUGUAUAAAUAUACUUUUUUAAGCAUGGGAGAGGACAAAAGAAAUACUGCAUUAUAAAGUACCCACUAUAGCUCAUUAUACAAUAGAAUAUGCACAAUUCAAUAAAGAUGUAGUUAAAUUUAA